UAUUUGGCUUUGCAUUCCUGUGCACUGUGACUGCUGCCAACUCGCAACUUGUCAUCUUCAACACGAAAAACAUUAAAGAAAAUCCAAUUUGAGUGCGUAAAUAAACACAAAAUACAGGCACAACGUGAAAAUAGCGUAACAUAGCAACCGCAUAGGUUUGCAAGGUGCCGGCUGCCUAAAGCAAGCGGCCCCAAGCAGACGUACCUCUCCUAUUGUUUGUAUUUGUGCGUAUACAUUGUGUGUGUGUGUAUGUGUGUGUGUACGUCGAGUGUUGGAACAAUAACAAGCCCAACAAAAUGCGAAUAAAUUGUAACGGAGCAGCGUUCAAUGCGGCCGCUGCCUUUGUGCUGCUGCUGCAGCAGAAGCAGCGAUGAUUCAUAGCCCACAAUAAUUAUACCAACAACAAUAACAACGGCCGUGCCUUAAUAUCGAACGUAGAGCAAUAAAACACACACAAGCACACGAAACGUUGGCAAAAUGCCGCUGCUGUCCAAAUGCUUUCCUUGCUUCAAAUUUAAACGUGAAGAGGUCAUCGACAAGCUGGACUACAGCAAUACACCGCUCCAGGAUGCCUUUCCCGAGGUGUGGCAGCACGAACGUACCCUCGAGGAGCUGCAUCUGAGCAAUGCGCGGCUACAAACACUGCCGCCGCAGCUGUUCUACUGCCAGGGAUUGCGCAUCCUUCAGGUGAACAGCAACAAUCUGGAGAGCAUACCGCAGGCCAUUGGUUCGCUGCGUCAAUUGCAACAUCUCGAUCUGAACCGCAAUCUUAUUGUCAAUGUGCCGGAGGAGAUUAAGGCGUGCAAACAUCUAACCCACUUGGAUCUUAGCUGCAACAGCCUGCAACGUUUGCCUGAUGCGAUUACGUCGCUUAUUUCGCUGCAGGAGCUGCUGCUAAAUGAAACAUACCUGGAGUUUCUGCCUGCAAACUUUGGUCGUUUGGUCAACCUGCGAAUUUUGGAGGUGCGCCUCAACAAUCUCAUAACGCUGCCCAAGUCGAUGGUGCGUUUGGUUAGCCUGCAGCGGCUUGAUAUUGGCGGCAAUGAGUUCACCGAGCUGCCAGAGGUCGUUGGAGAACUAAAGUCACUGCGCGAGCUGUGGAUCGAUUUUAAUCAAAUUCGUCGUGUUGCGCCCAACAUUGGCAAACUGCGCGAACUGCAACACUUUGAGGCCAAUGGCAAUUUGCUGGACACACUGCCUAAUGAGCUAAGCAAUUGGCGUAACGUGGAGGUCUUGUCAAUCUGCUCCAAUAAUCUGGAGGCAUUUCCAUUUAGCGUGGGCAUGCUUAAGUCGCUAGUCACGUUUAAGUGUGAGUCCAAUGGGCUCAGCGAGCUGCCCGACAGCAUAAGCUACCUGGAGCAGCUGGAAGAGCUGGUGCUGAGUCACAACAAGCUUAUGCGCCUUCCCAGCACAAUUGGAUCGCUGGUCAAACUGCGCUUCCUCUUCGCCGACGACAAUCAGCUGCGCCAGCUGCCCGACGAGCUCUGCAGCUGCAGUCAAUUGAGUGUCUUAAGCGUGGCCAACAAUCAGCUCUCAGCGUUGCCCCAAAAUAUAGGCCAUUUAGCCAAACUGAAGGUGCUUAAUGUAGUUAAUAACUAUAUCAAUGCCCUGCCCGUUUCCAUGCUGAGCCUGGUAAAUCUCACGUCUCUGUGGCUUAGCGACAAUCAAUCGCAGCCGCUGGUGCCACUUCAGUAUUUGGAUGCCAGCAGCAAGACGCAGCUCACGUGCUUUAUGUUGCCGCAGGUGACGUUCAAGAUGCAGGCCCAGCAGCAACAGCAGGUCCAGGACCAAUACGAGUUUGUCUACGCGAAUCAUCAACAGCAGCCACAGCACCCGUCGAGCCCAUCACGGCGCAUAUGCUUUGCCGAGGAGGCGACCAUUCUGAGUGCGGGCAGUACCAACACUAACACCAGCAGCGCACCACAGCCCGCUCCAAGUUACUCCGCCAGCUAUGUGACAGCUCCGCCCACUCCUGAGCAGCUGCCUGCCGGCAGCUCGGUGCGUUUGAUGCGUUCACCCACGCCGUAUCCAAAGGAGCUCCGCCAAAUGGCCAAGUAUAUGCGUCAGGCGCAGGCGGCGAAUGCGGCGGCAUCGGGGUCCAGCGAGGUGCGAGAGGCGCGUGUCGUGGUGCCCAAUGGCCAAGUGGCCAUGCCACACUGUGAUAACAAUCAGGACGCUGUGGAUCAUGCCACGGCAAGUGCAAUAUAUGGCGUUGCGCCCGAGGCGGCCCACAUCUACGGUGUCUACCAGCCGGCACAGCAGCAGGCCACACAGGAAUAUUAUGGUUUGCCGCUUGUCAACUACGAGGGGCACUACCAGCAACUCUAUGUCGAUGCCAACAGCUUGCCGCUGCCUACAACGCAUUUGUCAAAUGGAGCUGAAGAGAAUUAUGAGCUGCAACCGCUACAACAGCAGCCAGCAGCGCCUCCACCACGCAUGGAACCGCCACCCUAUCACAUAGCACGCGUGUAUACCAAGAAAACGCCCGAAGAUCUCACGCUCUACGAGUCCAUGCGACAGCGCAAGCAUCAACAACAACAAGAACAACAACAACAGCAGCAGCAACAACAGCCAACAACACAACCGCUCUACGAGCAGAGCAACAGCUACCAGGAUGCGCUAAAUAGCAACUUCAAAACAACGGCAAUUGGUGCACAAUUGGAGGAGCUGGACUACCAGAACAAUAUUAACAUGGAGCAACUUGAAUUGCAGCAACAGGAGCAGCAGCAGCUUGAGCUUGAAGAUGAGCAGCAGCAGUUGCAGGAUGCGGAUGAUACCUUAUCGCAGAACUCAUUGAAUUCCACGGCCACCAACAAUACAUCCAGAACUAAAAAGUCAACCUGGAUAUUUGGUGUGCACAAAAAUCCCACUGUCAAGCAGGUGACCCUCAAAUGGGAAAACAGCAUUGGCUUCGACAUUGCCGAGCUGCUAAAUCAGGUGGGCAUCUUUGUUAGUGCUAUCACGCCAAAUUCAAAUGCCGCGCGGCUGCUGAGCCUCAACGAUAAGCUACUGGAGAUCGACGGCUAUGACCUGACCAAUGCCAAUCUGAGCGAUGCCAAACGUGUCCUGCUUAACUGCGGCACAGUCAUAAAUAUAAUGCUGUCACGCAAGUGAUGGCCCCUUCCGUGUCCCACUCCCCCCAUGCCUAUAUAUACCGAGACCGAAGACUUGCGCAUUUUUCUAAAGUAACUUGAAAUACGCUAAUAUAAAUCAGCAAACCAUAAAUAUUAGCAACUGCAUUUUCAAGCCAUAAACAACCUUUUCACUGGCGCCUUAAACUUGUAAUAAUAACAGUUGCAUUUCAUUUAGUUAGAAUCUAUUUCAACUGCCAUUUACGAUACUUAGCAGAAGCAAAAGUGGUGAGUUCAUUAUAUCAUCAUUAUUGUAUUCUAUUUACUUUGAUUGAAAACACAUUCUUCAUUAUAUGCGAAAAGAAAGUAUUUUAAGUAUUCGAACUGUAAGCUAAGGCAAGCGUCUUUUACGGAAAACUUCUGAGCUAAGAAUUGUUCUAAACACCUUUGAAACUAUUCUAUAGAUUGUUACUUGAACACACGACUGUAUUAAAAUAUGUUUCUUAUGUAUUUGAUUAGCAAUAACUAGGUUUUCAGUUUGAAGUUGUUAAAACGUGAGCCAGUAUUUGAUUGGUAUUCAAAAUGAAGCAAUAUUAUUUUUUCUGUAUUAAAAGUUCUACAUAUAAUUAUAAUUCUUGAAAGCAUUAAACAUAAUUAUUUGUAUAAUAUUAGUAUAGUUUUUAACUGGAUAGUAGACUUCAAUCAACAAACACUUAUUAUAUAUUUAUUUGAAGAAGUAUGAUGAAAACAUAUUGAAGAACAAACGAUUGCUUUUAAUUUAAUAUUAAUCUCAAAGUGGGCCUUUAUUUUUGGCCGCCAGUGUUAUUCAUAGCAAACAUACAGAAAAUAUAAUAAAUAGUGCAAUUAGCGUUGAUUAUA